GCAUUAAAGAUGAGAUCUUUACAAAAAAAUCGGGAAGAUUCGCUGUAUAUGGUAUCUGAGACUCCACGCCUCGGCAGUUACUGGUAGAGAUAUACGUAUCGACUGCACCAUGGGACAGAUUCUUGACAAAUUUCACGGAAAGCAGUGGAGGCAAAAACAAAUUAGGAAGAUAACGGACAAAGUGUAUGAACGUGUCAAGUUUCAAACAGGGAGGGGUACUUUGACAUUUGAAGAUCUUUACAUUGCUGUUCUACUUAUAUACAAUGAUAUCAAUAAGCACUUGCCUGGCCCUCAUUUUGAUCCACCCUCCAAAGAGCAAGUCAGAACUCUGAUGCAGGAGUGUGAUAUAAACCUGGAUGGAGAACUUGAUCAUGAGGAAUUUGUGAAGUUUAUCCAACAGUUGACAGCAGAUACAUUCAUUGUUGUCAGUCAGGGGCUGCUUAUCACUCUGGUUGUAGCACCAACAGUUGCAAUGGCUACAAAGAGGGCUACGGAGGGAGUUCCAGGCGUCGGAAAGGUGGUGCAGAAGUUACCCAACGCAAUUUAUGCAUCUCUUGUGACUCUUGCCAUUGUGUGGUUCCAAAAUUCAGGCCAGCAACUUGAAUAGAUUAUAGACUUCUACUACUUUCAGAUGUAAGAUCAAGAUACUAGUAGUGAAGGUUUGGUUGAUAACUGGAAUCAACUUUGUUGGAACCUUUUACUGGCUUGUGAAUUGUCAUGGAUGCAAUUAGUAUAAUAGUCCUUUAAAUUAAAAUAUUAAUGUCAA